AGAGAAUGCAGGAAACUGUUGUUUACACGUGUGUUUAACUGAGAAGCCGGAGCAACCCGCAAGCCCAGAGGAUGCAGCAGUCAUCAAUGAAACCAGACUGUGACCAGAUGGUACCUACCUUCUUCCCGAGGGAGUCCGUUUAUUCCUGCUUCCCACAUCAUGGUCCACAGUGUCACACCAGCCAUAGUUACAGCGCUCACUCCUUCAGCACCGACAGCUGGGAUAUUUGCAAAGAACUUCAACUUUGGGAACUUGAAGAAGCCAAGGCCAGAGCUGCUCAGAUGGAAAAGACCAUGCGAUGGUGGUCAGAAUGCACUGCCAAUUGGAGAGAAAAAUGGAGUAAAGUUCGAGCAGAAAGGAACAGUGCCAGGGAGGAAGGAAGACAACUCAGAAUAAGAUUAGAGAUGACAAUGAAGGAGUUGAAUGCACUUAAAAGAAAGCAAAGCCUGUCACUUCAAAAGGAGGCAUCAAAACUUGACACCACCCAGGACCUGGAGCUUUCUGCUGUUGUAGACAUGUCCUCCAACAAUAUGUCCUCCAACAAUAAAGCUGAAUUUCAAACUACUUCACCCAUGUAUGAAUUUACUGGAGAGUGUUUGGUGGAAAGACAAUUUCCUGUAGAGGAGAAGACAAAUAGUAAGGGUAUUGGUCCUGGAAACUGUGACAUGGUCUCUGGAUUCAGACUGCAAGCAAUAAAUCUGCCUUUGAAGGAGAAAGGAACUAAAAUUUCAACUUUGCAGAUCCAUUUGAAUGAGUUCCAGCAAACCUUGUGGAAAGAAAGAGAAAAACUGUUUCGGUGUACUCAGUUUGACAUUCUUCAUGGAAUACAUGAAAAUGAAAUGGAACAGAUAAUAGGAGAUAUAAAGGAAGAAUCUAAUUCUCAAAACAACAAUGAUGGAAUCAUCUAUGAGUUAAGAUCAGAGCUAGAGAGACUGCAAGCUGAAAAUACCUCAGGGUGGGACAACAUAAAAUUACUUGAAACAGAGAAGCAAGAACUGGAGAGCGAAAAUAGAAGACUGAAAGUCCAGUUGAAAGAAAUGGAGGAGCUCCUGGGCAGACAAAACCGAUUAAGUACAAAUAUCCAAGAUCCUGAUUUCAAGGCAUCACAAGUCGAACCUCAGGACAAGAGCAAGGCGUGGUGCUCUUGGAAGCACCUGUUCUCUUACUGCCUGCUUUCCUCAGAUGCCUAGGUGGAAGCUGCUUUCGCCCUUGUCCGCCUUCAUAUCUGAAUGUUUCUCUUUGUGCUAAUGUCUGAAAGCUUUUUGCUGUUGUAAUAAAAUAAUGUUGCUCAUGUUUCUGAAAUAUAGUGUAACAAAUUUUGGAUGAAAAUGUGAGAAUUAACAAAAGAAGAAAAGAUGAAUCUUG